UUGAUAAUCAAAUAAAAUUGUAAGUUUGUAUGGAAAUAAAAACCACACAUAAGACUACUUUUAAGCAUAAAAUGAAUAAUUUAUACAUUCACAUCGGUACAGUAACAAGUAGUAGAAUUAUACUAAUUAAUAUCAUUGAUUGAUCAGAUAGUUAACAAUCCAUACUUGAUAUUACUGUUUGAGGCAUGACAUCGCAAAAUUGUUCUGCUCCUGUUUUUCUAUUGUCCUAAACUACAUUUUACAGCUCCAAAGCACUGACAGUGUACAUCAAGCAAUCAAUACCUACACAUUAUCACUCUUGUUUAUUUCACAUGCUACAUCACACACACAAGGUUCUUUCUAUGUCACACAUUCCCAGGUAUCCACAAAUAUCGCUGUCCAUCUCCUAAGGGAUCACAUGAUGACUUGAUACGAAGAGUAACUUUAGUACAAAAAUAAUUACUGUGGGACCGUAACUGUGAUGGAUGUAUUCAUAUUUUCUUCUUCUUCCAGUUUAAAGAAAGGAAAUCCAGAUCAUUACCCAGAAAGUCUAUAUAAAAAUAGAGAGACAAAUCUGUUGUUCUGAAAAAUUACCACUUUCUUAUAAGUGAAAAUAAAGAAAAAGAUGUUCGAAACAUUGAACAAACAGAUAAACUGGUUGCAACCAAGCAUAAUGCGACCAGAGGAUGAAGCAGAACUACCAACCGGAAGCUAUGUUCCAAUUCUCUCUGACAUAAUACUUCCGUCCUUUGCCAUGGCGAUUUCUAUGUUUGUACUACGAAAAUUGUUUGACAGGUUUAUCGUGUUGCCGUUUGGAGCUUACUUUGGAGUUAGUGAAACAGUCGUAAAGCAACAUUAUAUUCGUCAACCAGUGUUAGAAUCAGAAUAUAUAAUAAACAAGUCUCCUAAAGAUGACGUAAUUUUGAUUUUAUGUAAGAAAACUGGUAUGACGGAAAGACAAGUACAGGUUUGGUUCAGAAAAAGACGUAAAGAAAACCAGGCCUCUGAUUUAAAAAGACUAAGUGAUGCUGGGUGGUCGUUUAUUUUUUAUGCUUUGUUAUCAUGGUAUGGACUUUAUGUCUUGUGGGACAAACCAUGGUUUACAAGUUCAAUGGAUUGCUGGAUAGGAUGGCCUGCACAGGCAGUAACUGACGAUGUUUAUUGGUAUUAUUUGAUAGAGCUUGGAUUCUAUAUGUCGUACCUAUAUAUGAUAUUUACUGACCACAAAAGAAAGGAUUUUAUGGAAUUUUUAGUUCAUCACAGCGUAACAGUAGCAUUAAUGAUAUUAUCUUGGUCUAUAAAUUGUGUACGCAUCGGAACAUUAGUAUUAGUAAUACACGAUCAAGUGGAUUAUUUUUUAGCUUUGGCAAAAAUAGCUGUUUAUAUUAAGAAACAAACAAUGGCAGACAUUGUUUUUGCAAUAUUUCUUCCUAUGUGGAUAGUAACAAGACUUAUGGUUUAUCCAUAUGUAGUAUUAUAUUCUAUAUAUAUAGACCUUCCAGCUUAUGCUAAUGAUAGUCGGCCAUAUAUACAAAUGCAUGAUAGAAGUACCAUUGGACAAGUUUUAAAAUCUUUAUUGGUAGUUUUACAAAUACUCCAUAUCAUGUGGACGAUAAUUAUUUUGAAGUCAGCAGCAACAAAAUUCACAAAAGGAAAGCUGCAAGACACGCGUAGUGAUACGGAAGAAGAGGAUGGAAACGAGGCUAACACCGAAACAAUAGACAAUAAACGUAAUUUUAAAAUAUCAAACGGAAAUGCUGUAAAUGGCAAAGAUGGUAAUAUGGAAGCAAAUGGAAAUAGCUAUAGCAAUGGGAGGACUUAAUUCCUCAAAUCAGAAUACUCUGUUAUUUCAUUAUUUUGUAUGCAACUGUAAUUUUAUGCCAUGCAAUGUUCUAUGAUAUGCCAUAUAAACUACACAAAAUAACUUCUUUAGAAUAGAAAUAUUUUUUUUAUAGACUAAAUAUCAGUUUUUGCAAUUAUUUUUUAUUAUUAUUAAAUUUUUAUAGUUACAUCAUACACAUGCUUUAAUAAUUCCAAUCAAAAAUUGAUGUAUUACUUAUUUAUUCAAGGGGCAUUAACUACGAAUUAGACAAAAAAAUGAAAUAUGAUUUUUUUUUUGGUUUCAAACAUUCAUAAAAGCGGAAUGUUGAAAUAACAUUUCGCUAUUAGCAGUCAACAUCGCUGACAUGUAUUAUUGACUUGCACCUCAUUUAAAUCCGUAUUCAUGCAAACUUUAAUUUGACCUUCAGAGGAGAUGGUAUGCAUAUGUAUUCAGCAUAUAGUUCAUUAAUUAAAAAGAAAAGAAUGUGAACAUUGAAAAGUGAAACAAGGGCGCAUCAGAAAUAACAAUUUCGUAGACUUAUCCGGACCACAAAAAAUCAUUUUGAUACAGGCAAUACGAUGAUAUAUAUGUAUUUUUAAUCUAUAACAUGAAAUCAAACAGACCUAGAAAUAUCGUCAUUAUACGAUUGCUCGUACUUGACUGUCUAUUUAUAUUUUUAUUUAUGUUAAUAUUAGGUUAUUUUUUGCAUUUGGAUCUUUUGUAAUUUGGAUAUACGUUUCAGUAUGUUAACUUAAAACUAAAAUACAAGAAUUUGUCACGAGUCAAAUCGGUGAACAUGAAUUAUACAGCUAAUGCCCCUUUAAUAAUUCCAGGCCAAAAUCGUUUGAAAGACACACGUUUUGGUGUUUAAUAAUGAUAUAUAUUGAUGUUUCACUUCUUUAUUCAAAAGCAAUAUUUUCGACUGAAAUACAACUUGGAGAUUAAGGAAGACCUUUUUUUACAUGUUACUAUUAGAAAAUGGGUGAUUGGGGGAUCUAAUAUUAGGUCCCAGUGUGACUGAAAUGUAUAAAAGACCUGCUUUUGAUUGAUGCAUUUACAUUUUUGCAUAUUCAUUUUUUAAUGUUAUCUUUAUUUUAAUCAUUAUCAAUUAUUUGUUUUUUUCCAUGGUGUAUAAAUUCCAAUUGCAGUUGAUUGGAAAAAUAUAAAAUACUGAAGAAAUAUA